AUGUCAUCUCCAAAAGUCGUUCUCAUCAGCGGUUGUUCAAAAGGUGGAAUUGGUUUUCAUCUUUGUGAAGAGUUUGCACAAAGAGGAUGUAUUGUUUAUGCAACUGCUCGCCAUGUUGAAUCAUUGGACGGAUUCAGACAUCAAAACAUUCGACAUCUUGAACUUGAUGUAACGAGCGAUGACAGUGUGCAGCGAGCUGUCGACAAAAUCAUUGUUGCCGAAGGACGGAUAGACGUGCUUGUUAACAAUGCUGGGGUCAUUUGCAUAGGUCCCAUUGUUGACGUCUCAGUUGAGCAAGUCAAGAAAACGUUUGACGCAAACGUCUUUGGUGCUCUACGUACAGCACGAACUGUGAUGCCCUACAUGGCAUCACGCAAACAAGGGAUCAUUGUCAACGUCGGCUCAGUUGUUGGAGAAAUGUCCACACCAUGGGCUGGCAUUUAUUGUGCUUCUAAAGCCGCUCUGCAUUCUAUCACAGAAGUCCUUCAGAUGGAGUCCCAGCCGCUUGGUGUCUCCGUCGUUCUUCUCGUACCUGGGUCUGUCAAAUCCAACCUAGCAGACAACCACGCGAAGAUCUUCGAUCUUCCUCCUUCAUCCCUAUACCGCUCAUUUUUAGAUCAAAUUAUCCGAAGGAUGCAUUCAAGCCAAGGCCCGAAUUCGAUGCCAACGAGUGUAUUUGCGAAGAAAGCUGUUUCACGAAUUUUGAAUAAAAGCGGACCUCCGAGGUAUUUGGCUCUGGGUGGGUAUGUUACAGUAAUGAAGAUUUUGCAGUGGCUUCCGAGAGGAUUAGCACUUUGGUUAAUAUGGAGGGCCCUUUCAGCAUAACAGUAUUCUCUUUUAUAUUGAACCAUAUAGACAUGUUGCACAACUAGUAGAUUUAUGUCAAUCCUAAUAUCUAUUU